AUGCAGCAACAAGAAUUAAGGAAAAGGAAGCAAGCCACACAAACAUCAUCUGUAACCAACGCGAAACCAAUGAUUUUAGAGAAGUGUGUUGAUGAGAGUUGUUAUACGGUUUUGGCAAUAUUAGAUUGUGGAGAGCAUGUUCCUGUUUCACAACUAUGCAACAUUGUAAAUUAUGGAAUUCCUUACGGAACAACCUCCUCACCAAUGAAAUUUGGAAUGGUUUCGGUUGUUGAUAGGAUGAAGAUUACCUCAAUGGCUAAGGAAAAACAAGAACCAGUAAUUUACUUUAGAAAUUCUGAUAAAACUGUUUGGGCUCUGGAAGAACAUAUCAAUGGCACUUACAUAUUCGAAAAUACAUUGGGUGCAAAGAUGAUAUUACAAAAAGAAAAGGAAGAAACUCGUUCUUUCAUUAGUUUAGAUUGGAUAUUUUCUAAUAGAGCCAAGAAGAGCUUUACUCUCCAUGAACAAUCUGAUUGCACAGAACAAAUUUCAGAUCAUGUAAUUUCAAGUUAUGACUCAAAAUGGAACUAUUCUCAAUUAUUGGUCUCUAAUAUUCCAGACGAUGGGUCAUAUUAUGUUAUUGGAACACAAUUUCAUAAUCAAUCUCCUCAAAAGGAUGAAAGAAUCAUUUUGUUUGCGAACUUUGGCAAACCAAAAAAACACUUCAAGACCUUCAAUUUAUCCAGCUGUUAUUUUCUGAACUGCAAUUACCCAACACUAUUUCUUGAAAUUCUAGAUAAGUUUGAUCCCAAACUGGCAGUUAAUAAUAUUUUAAUCAGAUAUAUUCAAUUGAGAUUUGAGGAAUUUCCUGAAAUGACACUAGAUAUGGCAUGUAAAUAUAAUAGAUUAGAGAAAAGAGGUGAAGAAUUAUUUUCAGGUGGUCAAUAUUCAUUCUUGGAAACAGUUGAAGAUCCCAUUCUAUUACAUCCAUUAUUUUUUCUGUUUGCAUUCGUCGAUAUGAGGAAUGAUUCAAAUCCUGCUCUUUCUAAAAUUGGGAAUCAUUGUGAAUAUUUGAUGAAACAGGAUUGUUUGAACAGUGGAGAGACCCUUGGAUUCAUAGGAAAGUUAAGAAAAUUGUGGGAUGAUUCAAUUGAGGAAGCAAUUGUUUUUAACAUUGAAAACUUGUCAUUUCCAAAUAUUGUGCAAAAUCAUAUUAGAAAUCGAAUGAUUUCAGAUCAAUCUGUUCGAUUAUUACUUCGUGAAUUUUCUAUCGUUUCUUCGGUAUUACAAAGUGAAGAAUGGUUCUUUCAAACUGUAAAAUUAUCUUCUCUUUUAUAUAAUUGGUUUAAAUAUGGUAUUUAA